AUGCCGCCAUGCAUAAUCAACCCCACACACCACUCGCUGACUGAGGGCGGCGUGCGCAUGCGGCCGAUCCAAAUGCCCUCCGGCAUUUUCGAGGAGUUCAUCGACAUAGCCUCGGCCAACACAAGCAAGAGCCUCGAGACGUGCGGGGUGCUCUGCGGCAAGCAGGUGCCUGGCCAAGACGCCCUAAUAAUGACUACCCUGAUUAUCCCCAAGCAGACGGCCACGUCGGACACAUGCACGACGCAGAACGAGGAGGAGCUUUUUGUCGAGCAAAUGGACCGCGACUUGAUCACUUUGGGCUGGAUCCAUACGCAUCCGUCGCAGACUUGCUUCAUGAGCUCGCUGGAUUUGCACACGCAUUGUGCGUACCAGCUGAUGUUGCCCGAGGCCGUGGCUAUUGUGUGCGCGCCCAGGAAGACGCCCAGGUUUGGUAUCUUUAGGCUGACCGACCCGAUGGGCAUUGAUGCCAUACAGGCGUGCACAGAGAAAUCGGCGUUCCAUCCGCAUAACGAGGAGAAGACUAUUUAUACCGAUGCGGACACCGGCGGUCAUAUUGUGCUGGCAAACUAUGACUUUGACAUUAUCGACAUUCGCGGCUCCGAACACAUUUAG